UUCGAUAUUAUCGCAUUAUAUCAACUGAGAGAAAGAGAAAACAAGCGAAGUAAAGAAUAGAAUCUCAUCAUAUGCUUAUUACCGAUAAUAAUUUCAAUCUUAACCUUUUUUAAUCAAUUCUAUUAAAAAUAUUCAUCUUCCCAGGUCAAUCAAUCCUAACUAACGGAUUCCGACGAUAUCCGGACCGGAAUCCGGUAAAAUCCGACAAAAACAGACAGGAUUCGAUCGGAUUUUAUGCAAAUCCGAUGUCAGAUCCGACGUCGGAAUCCGUUAGUUAGGAUUCCGACAAAAUUGAGAUAGGUUUCAGUCGGAAUUAUUUGGAACCGACAGGAUCCGAUCGGACGUGAUUGACCUGGGUUAUGGGAAAAUUAACUUAUCUGAAGAAAAUUUCAACGAUCAACAAUCGUUAACUAUCGAAUUUAUUGUUAAAAUCAGUUAUCAGAUCUUCAUCCUUCCAUGAUUAUUUGACGACAAUUUUCAUGAAAUUAUUUUUCUGUUAAUAACAUGAAUUUAUCGGGAAAGAUCGUUUUAAAAAGAAUAGAACAUUGAUCAAAAGAGAUAUCAUUAUCAAAGAAAGUCAAUUCAUAAAAUAAUUGCCAUUGAUGUUCGAGAAAAAUCAUUCAGAUUAAUGUCAAUAGCUAGAUUUCAUCUCAAUAGAAAUUGUUUAUCAGGAUCUUGUACACUUUAAUUUUUUACUUCAAAAGGUACAAUACCAGUGCAAUCCAUCCAUAUAUAUAUAGAUUACACUAAUAAAAAAAAAAACUUUUUUCCCCUAGAUUUGUAUCAAACUUACGAGAAAAAACUAUGUCAUCUUCGUACCGUUUCACAGAGUCACCAACAUUCGAGUAUAGCGUACCGUUGAAUAAACGUAUUGAUAUACCUAUUCGUCAUUUGCCAAAUGCUUCUAACUAUCCAUUUAAUGAACAACAUACUCAAAAUCGAAUUCAUUCUAAAGGUACAACACUAAAAUGGAUCAAUGAUUCAAUAAUUGGUAAUGAAAAAACUCGUAUAAAAAUUAAUAUUGAAGGAUUUAAUCAAAACGAACUAAUUAGUUUUCUUUCUGACAUUUUUUUGUAAUUCGUAUAUUGCAUAAUUAGGUUGGUAUUCGUGUUAAUGGAAAUAAACUUUUUGUAUAUGGUAAACGUAUCGAGAACAAAAGUCAAGGUAUAUCAAAAAAAAUAAUCGACAAAGUCUAUGAAUUACCUCGUGAUAUUGAUACAUUCAGUUCACAUGUCACUUUUCCAUCACCAAUAAUAAUGCAAAUUGAUUUUUCAUCAAAAUAUUCACCAGCUCCAUUAGUUCAAUCAAGUAGAUAUUCAUCACCACAAAAAUUAAAUGAUAGUAAUGCAUUUUCAAGUUCAUAUAUUCAUUCUUCUUAUGACGAACCACCUGGUGAAAAUCGACAUAGUGAUACUCAUCAAAUUCCAAUACGUCAAUUAUCUAAUAAUUCAAUAGAUUCAUCGCUUUUAUCUACACGUUCAAUUAGUCCAACUUAUAAAUUUCAUCAAUCAGUUAAUGAUCGUCUAAUAAAUAAAAAUAAUACUCUGUAUAAACAAACAUUUACAGAAACACAUCAUCAGCAUUCCGAUAGUCCAACAUUAUUCAAUAUUAAUCAAGAUCGUUUUCAAUCAAAUAUGAAUUCUAAUUGUCAGAAUAUGACACCAUCAUUAGAUACUAAUAGUCAUGUAUUUAUGAAUAAUAAUGAUUUUAUUGUUCAAGUUGAACAAGCAAUUUUUUAUCGACAAAUAAUAUUACCAUCAAAUAUAGAUUUAUCAAGUUUAUCAUUAAAUUAUCAUUAUGAUAGAAAACUUUAUAUAACAAUUAAAUUACUUGAUCAAUAUUCUUCUUUUAAAUAUAUUUAA